AGAGAGAAAAAAAAAUGCCUAAGACGAUCAAUGUGAGGGUUACCACUAUGGACGCGGAGUUGGAGUUUGCCAUCCAACCGAAUACCACCGGCAAACAGCUCUUUGAUCAGGUUGUGAAGACAGUCGGGCUCCGUGAGGUCUGGUUCUUCGGGCUUCAGUACCAAGAUACAAAGGGCUUCUCCACCUGGCUCAAACUUAACAAGAAGGUAACUCAGCAAGACGUCCGGAAGGAAAGCCCAUUGCUGUUCAAGUUCAGAGCAAAGUUCUUCCCCGAGGACGUGUCGGAGGAACUGAUUCAGGAGAUCACCCAGCGCCUCUUCUUCCUUCAAGUGAAGGAAGGGAUUCUGAACGACGACAUCUACUGUCCCCCGGAGACCGCGGUGCUGCUGGCCUCUUACGCGGUGCAGGUCAAACACGGAGACUUCAGCAAAGAUGCUCACAAAGCGGGUUACCUGACAAACGAUCGUCUUCUCCCCCAGCGUGUUCUGGAACAACACAAGCUGAACAAAGAACAGUGGGAGGACCGGAUCCAGAUCUGGCAUGAGGAGCACCGAGGAAUGCUCAGGGAGGAUGCCAUGAUGGAGUACCUGAAAAUUGCUCAGGAUCUUGAGAUGUAUGGCGUUAACUAUUUUGACAUCAAAAACAAAAAGGGCUCGGAGCUGUGGCUAGGAGUAGAUGCUCUGGGACUCAAUAUCUACGAGCACGAUGACAGGUUGACUCCCAAGAUUGGAUUCCCGUGGAGUGAAAUUCGAAACAUUUCAUUUAACGACAAGAAGUUUGUUAUCAAACCAAUUGAUAAAAAAGCUCCAGAUUUUGUCUUCCUCGCACCCCGUCUCCGUAUUAACAAACGCAUCUUAGCACUGUGCAUGGGAAACCACGAGCUGUACAUGCGCAGACGUAAACCAGACACUAUUGAAGUUCAGCAGAUGAAGGCCCAGGCCAGAGAGGAGAAGCACCAGAAACAGCUCGACAGAGCACAGCUGGAAAAUGAGAAGAAAAAGAGGGAGCAGGCAGAGAAAGAUAGAGAGAAGAUCGAACGAGAGAAGGAUGAAUUGAUGGAAAAGCUGAAGCAAAUUGAAGAACAAACUUUGAAAGCUCAAAAAGAACUGGAAGAGCAGACCCGCAGAGCACUAGAGCUGGAGCAGGAGAGGAAACGUUCUCAGGAAGAGGCCGAGCGAAUAGAACAGGACCGCAAGGCUGCAGAGGAGGAGAAGGAUGCCUUGAUUAAGCAGUCUGAAAACCAGCAGAAGAAUCAGGAGGAACUGGCUUUAGAACUCUCAGCCCUGUCUUCCAAAAUCGCCCAGCUGGAGAUGACAAAGCAGAAGAAGGAAGAUGAAGCCAUUGAAUGGCAGAAGAAGGCUGAGGUGGUGCAGCAAGAUCUGGAGAAGACCAAAGAGGAGCUGAAAUCGGCCACGUGCCCACCACCCACCCAGGUGAUCAUCCUGCAGGCUGAGAACGAUCACGGGGACGAGCACGAUGAGAACAGUGCGGAGGCUAGUGCCGAGCUUUCCUCUGAGGGAACCACUAAAGACCGCAGCGAGGAGGAGCGCAUGACCGAGGCCGAGAAGAACGUGCGUGUGCAGAGGCAGCUGCUGACAUUGACUUCAGAGUUGGCCCAGGCACGAGACGAGACGAAGAAAACCCAAAACGAUAUCUUGCACGCGGAGAACGUGAAGGCCGGGCGCGACAAAUACAAAACCUUGAGGCAGAUCCGGCAAGGCAACACGAAGCAGCGCAUCGAUGAGUUUGAGUCCAUGUGAGGUUCCGAGACGUGCUUUCGGCCACUACAGAGGAGUGAAUUUGGUUUUGUCGCAAGCUGCAGAGAAGCCCCAUUCUACAGCACGUCAGCAUCCAGCAGAAUCUGGAGCAGAAACAGAGUUGUAUCCGAUUGUUCCUCAGUUCUGAAGUCUAGUCUAGCACAAAAUGUAGUCCUUGAUUGCAGAGUUGCACAUCUUUUUGGCUUAUGGUUGUUUUAGAGCUUGUCCCUUUUUAAGCUUACGUGAAUUGCAUUUCCUAACUCUCCAAACCCACCCAAAUGCCAUUUUUUUUUUCUCUCACGUCAACUCUUCACGAUUUAAACUAACAAACUUGACUAUUUCCAUUAACUUAUAUUGACCUAUCGUUUUUCAAAAAAAAAGAUUGUAGCCCACAUUUUGUUUUUUAAAAAAAAAUAAGAUAUUACACUGAAAUUGAUGACUAAAUUAGAUCACCACAAUAAUAGAGGCUUUAGGUGACUUAAUUGUUCGGUUAUUGGUUAUUUAGUCGAGUGUUCUUUCCUUUUUGAUGUUGUUCACUUUUGCACUGUGGGUUCAAGCAGAACAGUUAAUGGGGCAAAAAUGAAUCGGGUGGGGGGGAGGGAGGAAAUAGUUGUGAAAAAAACAACUUUCAAAUUUGUGUUUGAAUCAUUUUAAACAAAGUGCCAAGAAAAAUGAGCAAAUCUCUUGAGAUCCCGAGCUCCAUCAGUCUGCCAUGCCAUUGUGAAUUUAACACUUUUAAAAUUCUCAAAUGGGAAGCUCUUCGAUUUUGUGAAACUAACUUUACAGCUGGAAAUAAUAGAAACUAUUUAAAGAUCCCGAGUAUUUCUGCUUCAUGCAUAUACACCGUAGCCUUAAGACCAUCAUCUCACUCGUAGGAUUAGUAAAAAAAAAUGUUUUUUUUUUGUAUUCUGUAAAACGGCAUAUACUUCGACUGUGGAAAAUAUUGAUUGUACUACUAAUAAAGGAUUUAUUUUGGAAUUUCAAGUGUAUCUGUAAGGGAGAGAGCGAUGUGAUUAUUCCCCCACAGCUAGUCGAAAUCAUCCAGAGAGAGCAGUACCUGGGAGGGAGCAGUUACUACCUCAUUACGUGCAGUUUGGUGGUUUAGCUCUGGUUCAUUUCAGAUUUCGUCCCACCAGCGGGGUGGCUAAACUGCAGUAUUAAAAGCACCGCCAUUUCCUUUUAACGGACAGCUCUAUCCUUUGGCUUUUUGAAGUGUGUAUGGAUCAAGAUUUCCAGCUUACCACUGAAUGCUUGAAACCAUACUUUUUAUUUUAAGUCCGUGAGCACUCUUGACAAAAUGUUAAUUGCGGAUCUUGUUACCUGAACUUCAUAUUUAAAAUUGAAAACUCUGUUGGGGGCUGUUGUGUUGAGUGUCACUUUUUUUUUAGGAAAAAACAAUGAAAAUGCCAAAAAACAUUAUAUUUACAGUGUUAUCUGUACCUGUAUUAAUGUUUGUAACCAUGUUUACUCCUUAUGUAGUUGGUUUCUCCUUUUUUCCUUAUAGUAUUAUACUCAAUUUAUUUACUUUGAACUUCAAAAACAACUAUCUAUGCAAAGUAGGAAGAGCAAAUUUAUUUAGAAGUUUUUUUUUCUUUUCCGUACCUGUUUGUUCACAGAGUAUUGAUGCUUGUGAAGGCAUUUUAUAAUUUGCAGGAGAAUCAAUUAAGAACUCGCAGUAUUAUAUUAAAAGAGAAUUGUUGAUUUGUAUUAAAAAAAGUUCAUCUUCCUGGUUUCAAUGUCACUGUAUAACGAGCAAUUCUUUAUAUAGUUAACAAUGCUGUGGAGCUUGUUAGCAUUCGCUGCUUAUUCAUAUUCUGUGUUGUAAAUUAAGUAGGAAAUUGGCCAGUGUAAAUUUCUUCUUGCUAGUGAAAUCUAUUUGCUAUUUAACUAGUUACAAAUGGGAUCUCGGUAACAAAAUAUUUUGCUGUUCUGGAUUUGUAUUCCUUUCACCUUUGUGCUAAUAAAUUUUCAUAAAGUCAAA